AUGAAAAGACAGAUUUUUCGAACUAAAACAAAACCAAAAACAAUGGCUGUACGUAUGUUAACAGUAAAUGAUAUAAUUUCAUAUUUAGAAGAUGAUAAUGAUGUGCUGGAAGCUGACGUGUAUAUAACUCCCCCCGAAAAUUUUGAUAAGAGCGACGAAGACAGUGGUAAUGAAGAAUCUACUGAUAUCAAUUGCUUGUCCCGGCAUCAGUUAUUAGCAGCAGCAGAACUUAGAGCCAAGGUAUCUGUAGAGGGACGGAUAGAGGAAAUACAUCAGCAAGAAUCCCAAGAGGAACAGCCCACUUCAAGUACUUCACAAAACCCACCUGCUGAAAAACAAAGUAAGCGUACGGUUUCGAGGAAAUGGCGAAAUGUGGAUAUCCCACAAAAAGCAGAAAAAGAAUGGACACCUCCAAGUUUCUUGCAAGAUUUUCAUAAUCCACAAGAUUUUUUUGAGUUGUUUUAUGAUGAAGAUGUAAUCGAACUACUACGGUCACAAACAGAACAAAAUGCAAGGCAGAAAGGACACGUCAAUUUCAAAGUUAGUUCUGACGAAAUCAAGCGAUUCAUAGGUAUCCUAUUAUUGUCUGGCUACAAUGGUGUUGCUCGAUACAGAAUGUAUUGGGAGCAAAGCAUUGACUGUCAUCACCCUGGUGUAGCAGCUUGUAUGUCAAGGAAUAGGUUUGAAGAACUACUGCGAUUUUAUCACGCAUGCGACAACACUAACCUACAGCCAGGAGACAAAUUUUGUAAGGUGCGUCCUUUGUGGGAUCUUCUCAAUCGAAGAUGGCUCAAAUAUUUUCCAGGCGACAGAAAUUUGAGUAUAGACGAGUCGAUGGUCCCAUAUUUUGGAAAACAUCCCACUAAACAACAUAUUCAUGGUAAGCCUAUAAGAUUCGGCUACAAAGUAUGGGCUAUUUGUACUCGAUUGGGUUACCUAAUUUAUGGAGAACCAUAUCAAGGAGCCAGCACCGGAAACACACAUCCAUCCUUUGGAGUCGGCGGAUCUGUAGUUCUUGAUCUGAUAUCAAAACUUCCAGCUGGUAAUUACAGCUUCUAUAUGGACAAUUUUUUUACCUCAAUACCUUUGUUGGCGGAAAUAAAAUCAUUAGGACACGACGCCACUGGAACCAUCCGGGGAAAUAGAGUAGAAAAUGCUCCGCUAAAAGAUUCAAAAGACAUGAAAAAAAUGAAAAGAGGUUCAUACAAUCAAACCACAGAUGUGUCAUCAGAUAUUACAUUAGUAAGAUACAACGAUAACAAUAUCGUAACAAUUGCGUCAACUGAAUGUGGAGUGGGACCAGUAGGCAAAGUAAAAAGAUGGUGCGAUAAACAGAAGAAAGAAGUGGACCAGCCACGCUGUUUCAUAAGUUAUAACAAGUAUAUGGGAGGUGUCGAUCGAUUAGAUCAAAAUGUUGGCUGUUAUAGAAUUGGCAUAAGGUUGAAGAGAUGGUACUGGCAACUACUCAUGUUUCCUCUCAACGUAAGUAUAAAUAAUGCUUACCAGCUAUACAGGAUGUCGCCAAGUGCUAAGGAAAAAGAUUCCCAUGACCUAUUGUCCUUCACCAGGUAUGUGGUGCAGUCGUACUUUAUGACAAAAUCUGUGACAAAUAGCAGCGCAUCAUCCAAUGGCACGAUAACAAAAGCGAAGUAUGUACCCAAAUCUUCAUUAGCUGUCAUAAAACGGGUCCCUUCAAGCAUUCGAUUAGAUCGAAAGGACCACUACAUGGUGGAUAACGGCAAGCAGAGCCGAUGUGGAUUAUGUCAUAAAAAUACUACGAAAAAAUGUGGCAAAUGUGCGGUUGCUUUGCAUGCUAAAUGCUCGGAAGUAUUUCAUACGAUCCCGUAA